GCUUGCGGUACAGCCUUCAAAACGGUAGUGAACUCUAAGAGUAUAGGUCCUACGUGUGUAAUACGGACGUAAGCACCUCAAGCAGACACCAUGAGGAACAACAGAAGUAUUAUGUUGGUGCUGCUUAUCUGCAUUGUCGCUGGUGUCAUGUCUAAUCCCGUCAGAAGAUCUCCAGACCUUGAAGCUAGACGUAGGAGUGCUAUUGACAGGAGUAUGAUAAGAUUCGGAAGAUCUUACCCACCGGAACCUUCAGCUAGUGACCUCAGGGACGCAUUCCAACGUCCGACACGUAGAGGCAAUAGCUUCCUCCGUUUUGGCAGAUCUCAACCGAUUUCAUUCACCACCGACGACCUCAUAUCGUUACUCAGGACCUACGAAGACGAGUACGAUAGCCCUGCCUCAAAACGUGUUUCCAACUUCGUGAGAUUGGGACGUGACCCUAAGUUCAUCCGCCUCGGGAGAUCUACUGAUGAAGAUAAGGCUGGCUACGAACAAGGUGCAGAUUUAGUUGUUAGUGGAUAUCCCCAAAGGAAAAGCAGGGCCAGGGAUCAUUUCAUCAGACUCGGAAGGGACAGCGAGGAGUUGACCAGGGAUAUUGAUCUUGAAGAACCUUCGGAGAGGAAGAAGAGGUCGGCUGAUUGUCUCGAUUGCCAAUCGUAAUUAAUUUGUGAUACUUUCAAAACCAGACGUGAUCUCUCAAAAUGUUUUUGUGCCAAAGUUUUAAACUUAUUACGAAUACCUUAAAUAAAAUAGAAUCAGAUUGAUUACUUUGUUUUUAUUUUAUAAUUAUUUAUUAAUAAAUAAUGUUUAAAUAACCAGAUUAUAUUAUUUACCAUUAGAAAGUCAAUUACUCUAUAAAUACUUUAAUAAAAAUAAUGAUUUUAACCGAUUAUAAAAAUUUUGUACUUUGUUUAGGUAGCACUCUCGUCAUUUUAUAAAAAUGGAUAAUUUAGUAUAAUCUAUUAAACAUAAUUAUAUAUUUACAUAAAAAUAUUCUAAUAAUAUGAUGUUUUAAAAUGAAAUUUUAAUAUAUGAAAAUUGAUGUUCAUUCUUCAUAUAUAAAGCAAAAUACGCUUUUCCACUUAAUAUCUCAUGUGAAAUGUCUUAUUUACAAAUAUAUAUAUGUAUAUUAUCAAAUUUUAUUACAGAACUUCAAAAUAAAUAUUGCAUCAGC